AUGGCAGUAAAGACAGUGGCUGUUAUCGCAGGCGUCGGCCCGGGGACGGGAGCUUCUAUUGCUCGCCGCUUUUCUCAAAACUACCCAGUAGCUCUCCUGGCUCGCAACCCAAAGAACUACGAGGGAGUUGUCGAUGAUAUCAUUAAAGGUGGUGGAGAAGCCGUCGGGUUUAGUGCAGAUGUAUCAGAUGCAAGCAGCAUUAACCGUGCAUUUGCGGAGAUCGACAAGGCUUUUCCUGGCAGUCUGCUCGCUGCUGCUGUAUACAAUGUUGGCGGAGGCCUUUCUGUAAAGCCCUUCCUGGAGCUGAGCGAGGAUGAGUUCACUCAGGGAUUCAAAACUAAUGGAUUGGGAGGCUUCCAUUUCUCUCAGGCUGCCAUCCCACGGCUCCAAAAGGCUACUGAGCUGGAGCUUCCUCCUACAUUGAUAUUUACCGGUGCCACUGCAAGUCUCAAGGCGUCAGCAAAAUUCUCAUCGUUUGCGUCAGGCAAGUUUGCUUUGCGAGCUGUGGCGCAGUCAUUGGCUAGAGAGUUUGGUCCCAAGGGCAUACACGUCUGUCAUGCCAUUGUUGAUGGAGUUAUCGACAUUGAACGGACAAGCCAUAUCCAAUUUGGCUCUCCUGAUUCAAAGCUAAACCCUGAUGCUAUUGCCGAAACAUACUGGCACCUACAUUCCCAGCCAAGAACGGCAUUCACACAUGAGAUUGAUCUACGUCCGUACGUAGAGAAAUGGUAA